UGGAAGCCAGCAGGGCUUAGGAGAGAGGGAGGAGUCGGAACACCCGGGUCCCCUGCCUCUACCCUGCUUUUUCCUCCGGGAUGAAAUGUGAGCCUGGGUGGCUGCGGAUGCCAGAGCUACGCCUCCCCUCCGGCCCUGCGCGCCCACAGCCCCGACCUGCGGCCCAGCCCGGACGCCCCACACCGGCCAGGCUCCCAGCCAGGGCUCCCUGGACCAUGGCCGGAUCUCCGCUUCGUCCUGCUCUCUCCAUCUGACCCGUCCACCUCCUCUCUCUAUCCCUCCUGGUUCCUGGCUCUCCUUGUGCUCCACUGUGUCCUUCCAGACGCGCCACGUCGGGCCACCGGCUUGGAUGGACCUGCAGCGGCCGCCCGGGCGUCCAGGGGUCUUGCUUCCAAAGUUAGUCCUGCUGUUUGUCUACGCAGAUGAUUGCGUUGCUCAGUGUGGCAAAGACUGCCGCUCGUACUGCUGCGAUGGACACACACCAUACUGCUGUUCCUACUACGCCUAUAUUGGAAACAUUCUCUCGGGCACUGCGAUUGCGGGCAUCGUGUUUGGAAUCGUGUUCAUCAUGGGGGUUAUUGCAGGAAUCGCCAUCUGCAUCUGCAUGUGCAUGAAGAACAACAGGAGGACUCGGGGGCUCCACCCCCCUACACUUAUGACCAUGAGAUGGAAUACCAUGUGGACUUGCCUCCUCCAUACUCCCCAACACCACAGGCUUCAGUACAAUAUUCUCCACCCCCUCCGUAUCCUGGAAAUUCAAGAAAAUAAUCCCCCUUGGACAGUGUUAGUGUUAAUCAGUGGUCUUGCCUGGAACAAAAUGCCUCACCUCAGAAAAAUGCAGAAAAUGAUUGCCCUGAGGAAUACUUCGGGGGGGUCAGAUCACAACUCAGAUGGAAUGCCCAUAUUAUAAAAUGCUGCGUUUCCACCCUGCUCAGAGCUGACACCGUGUGCAGCGCUCUAUCCAGCUCUAUGGAAUUACAUGUUGAGAGAUCUAUUGAUCUCCUUAAGUACAUUCAGGGAAGAAUAAUGAAAUUGACAGAACAGCUGAUUAGCCUGUUGUUUAAGGAAGAGCUGAAGGACAUUUCAGUAUUGAUCCUGGAAAAGAGAAGACAGAAGUGGGCCAUGAGCAUUGCCUGUCCCGUAAAAGGAAGCAGCUUUAUUCUCUGUAGCUUUAAAAGUCAAAUGUAGAAUUUUUCAUUAUUUCAUUCACCAAGAAGUAUAUCCUGAAUACCUCAUAGUCUGCUGUGUGCCUGGCACUGCUUUACGGGCACUGGGUGGAGGUUAAUGGGGAAUUGGGGUUUUGGUAUAGUCAUACCUCAUUUAUUGCACUUUGCAUAAUUGCACUUUUCAGAUAUCACAUAUUAUUUUUUUUACAAACUUAGUGUUUGUGGCAAUCCUUUGAGGAGCAAGUCCAUCAGUGCCAUUUUGGCAAUAGCACAUGCUAACUUCACGUCUUUGUUUCAUAGUUUACAAAUAUGAUAUUUCCAGUGUGCACAUUGUUCUUAUAUCUGUUACGGUGAUCUGCUGAUUUUUUGUAAGGUUACUUUUGUAUUUGAUUUGGGUUGCCAUGAACCACAUCCAUAGAAGAUAAUAAGUUUAAUAGAUUGACAGAUUUGUGCAUUCUGCGUAUUCUGGUAGCUCCACUGACAAGCUCUCUCCUAUCCCCCUCCCUUCUCCUUGGGUCUCCUUAUUCCCUGACAUACAACAAUAUAGACAUUUGCCCACUUAAUAACCCUAUAGUGGAUUCUAAGUGUUCAAGAGAAAGGAAGAAUCACAAUUUCUCCUUUAAGUCAAACACUAGAUGUGGUUAAUCUCAUCGAAAAUGACUUGCCAGAAACUGAGGUAGACUAAAAUGUAUACCGCCUUUGUCAUCAAUAAUCCAGGUUGUGAACAUAAAAGGAUAGUUCUUAAAGAAAAUGGAACAAAAGACUCUCCAGUGAAUGCCCAAAUGAAAAAAAAAAAAAGAGAGACUUAGUCUCAUUGCCUCCAAAAAGAAAGCUUUAAUCUGGAUAGAAGCUUAAACCAGACACAUUCCUGUAAGCCAAAACGUACUCCAGAGGAAGCGCUAAUACCACCUCAAUAAAAUGAGUAGUUGAGGACACUGAAGAGAAGUCAGCAGAGGCUGGAUUGUGAGCUUUAAGAAAAUAACCCUCUCUGUCUGAGGGCAAAGCUUCAGCAAGUUCUCCAGAUCUAGGUAAUACCACCAAAGGUGAACAGAUAUUCAAUGUAGAUAAAACAGGGCUUUAUGAGAAGACCAUGGCAGCUAGGACUUUCAUAGCUAGAGAGAAGUCUUCCUGGCUUCAAAGCUUCAGGCUGACUGUCUGGUUAGGAAAUAAAUACAUCUGCUGACUUUCCACUAAAGCCAAUGCUCGGUGUUAUUUACCAUUCAGAACUCCUGAUGUCCUCAAAAAUAGUUGUAAAUCUACUCUGCUUAUACGCUCUAGACAGCAAAGCCUUGUAACAUGGUUUGUUGAAUAUUUUGAGCCUAUUCUUUAGACCUGUAACUCAGAAAAAACAAUUCCUUUCAAACUAUUAGUGUUAAUGCAACCGAUCACCCAGAGUGUCAUGGGCGAUGCCAAGAGCAUGAAGGCUGUUUCCUGGAUGCUGACCCAGAAUCUAGGCUGGGGCCCGCACAUGAAGAAUGACUUUUACCCUCAAGUCUUAUUAUUCAAGAAACAUAUUUCAUGGGGCCUGUUGCCAUAGAAAUUGAUUCCUCUGAUAGAUCUAGAAAAAGUAAACAGAAAACUUCUCGAAAAAUAUUCUAAACUCUAGAUGCUGUUAAGAUCACUCCUGAUUUAUGAGAGGAGGUCAAAGUGUUGAAUUAACAGGGAUUUGGACCACAUUGGUUCCAGUGUUUCUGUGUGACCAUGUAGGAUAUACUGAUCCCAGCCCUCCUGUAUGGUUUAAGACUUCAAUGGAGGACGUACCUGCAGUUGGAUUAGAAAUGGCAAAAGAACUAGAAUUAGAAGCGGAGCUUGAAAAUAUUCUGCCGACUCAUCAAAAAUUAAGGUGAUAAAGAGUUAUUUCUUAGGAAUGAGCAAAGUCGUUUCCAGAGGUGAAGUCCAUUCCUCAUCAUGAUUCUGUGAACAUUGUGGAAAUGACCCCCAAAGGUUUAGAAUAUUACAGAACAAAGAAAUAAUAAAGCAGCAUCAAGCCUGGAAAGGGUUGACCACAAUUUUGAAAGAUGUUCAUUCUACUGUGUCUGAAAAUAGCUACAACAACCUCCCAGGCUACAGAGAGAGCUCUCGUGAGCAGCAGGGUCAACCUAUGCAUCAUACUUCAUGGCUGACUUAUUUUAAGAUAUUACCAUGACCUCCUCAACUUUCAGAAACCAUCAGCCCGGAUCACUGAGCUGCCAUCAGCCAUCAACACUGAAUGAAUACCCUCCGGUAACAAAAAAAGUUUAUGACCCACUGGUCAUUAGCAUAUUUUAGCAAUAAACUGUUUUUGUAAUUAAGGCAUGUACAAAGUUUUAUAGACAUAAUGCUGUUUCAAGCUUAAUAGACCAGAGUGUAAUAUAAACAUGACUUUAAUGGGCACUGGAUGGAAAAUCAAAAUUUGUGAGAGUCAAUUUAUUGCAAUAUUUGCUUUUUAAAUGGUGGUAGUCUGUAAAUGAAAUCAGAGGUAUAUCCCAGCUAUAUCUGUAUUUGAAGGAAAAAAAAGCAACUGGAGUUUCCUUAUUGAAUAAGUUGUUUUGUGAAGUUCCCAGUUACCAAAACUUCAAAAUAGUGUCUGAAUAUCUGGUAAAGAAAUGAUCUGGAAGAGUAUCUUAAUCCAAUGCUGGACAGUUCUGCUUACAUUUUAAGUAAAUGUGAAUUUUAUAUCUAUAAAACUAAAAAUAACAGUUGAAUCUUAUUUGUUGAAAUUGAGAAUUAAAAAUAGGGUCAAAGGAACUCCACAGCCACUGUAAGGCAAGAUUUUACAAUGCUAACAUCUGCUUCUUAUACCUCCUCUGGAUUUACUCAGUGGAUUAUGACAAAGAUUAUUCCAGCUGUGGAGGAAAAUAGUACCAUGAUCCAGGGGCAAAAAAUACUUCACUUUACAGCAAAAGAUGAACAGCCAAUUAUUCCCAUGGAUUUUAUGCUGGGUAGUGAAAUCUCAGAACUUGAAGAUGUAAUAUAGGAAACUUAUGAAAUGAUAAGGGAAAAUAUAAUUUGGAUUCCCUUCUCUGGAAUUCUAUUCAAAUGUAACUGAGACAGAUUUUUAUUCCUCUUUUUGUAAAACUUUGAUAAUUUCUUCUUUACUCAGAGGAAGAAAGCUAAUUAAUUGAAGUGGUUUCCUUUACUGUCAAAUGCCUACACUAGAAAUACAAUGAUCUGACUUAUCAUAGUUUUUCUCUACACUGAGAUCCAAAGGCUAAAACUUGUUUUGAAUGACUUGCCCAAUUUUCAGGCACCAAUAACUUUCUUACUUAGGCAGAUAAAGAGCAUUGAAGACUUUCAGCCUAUUCUAAUGAGUGAAUCCUCCCGACUUAGACAAAGUGUUCGGCACAGUGUUCACAGUCAGCUUAUGUGAUCAGAUUCAAUCACACUUCAGCUAUGACAUUCAAAGCACCCAGGUCACUGUGAUUUUGAAGCUAUUGGUUGGCAAAGCACCACAUGUUAUGUAAGAAAAAUGUAGAGAAAUGUCUGAAUUAUCGAUAUCUUCACCAUCAGUGAGUAUUGUGUUCUUAAAUCUUACUCACACAGAGGAGCCAUUUUGGUCCCUACCAUUUCUCUUAGUUGUUUAUGGUCUCCCAGUAGGCAUACCACAAUCCCAUAUACUAUUUUUCCCCCAUAUACUAUUGCUAUUGCUACUAUUUAGUGUCACACUUACACAAUUGUGAACAGAAUGGACUUUUGAACUUCUGUGUUUUUUGUUUAAGUGAUGUCUUGUGGGAGAGGUGAAAUAAUAUAGAUGAAUGCUUGAAUUAUGAUUAUUUUAAAACUAACAUAUUUGUUGUGGCCAAAAUACUAACAAUAAGC